AGCGCGCAGACUCGCAGCAACUGGCCGACGGUGGGACGCUCGGAGCUGACUGCUGCGCUCCGGUGGCCAUGGGGCGCACGGCUGGGCAGCUCGGCUCGUCGCUUCUGGGGCUGUGGCUGCUGAUGGGCAGCUGGGGGUGCCCUGGGAGCGCCGAGCUGCGGGCCCCGCCGGAGAAGAUCGCAAUUAUUGGAGCUGGAAUUGGUGGCACUUCAGCAGCCUAUUAUCUGCGGCAGAAAUUUGGGAAAGAUGUGAAGAUUGACCUGUUUGAAAGAGGAGAGGUGGGAGGCCGCCUGGCCACCAUGACUGUGCGAGGGCAAGAAUACGAGGCAGGAGGUUCUGUCAUCCAUCCUUUAAAUCUGCACAUGAAGCGUUUUGUCAAGGACCUGGGUCUGUCUACUGUUCAGGGCUUUGGUGGCCUAAUGGGGGUGUAUAAUGGAGAGACUCUGGUGUUUGAGGAGAGCAGCUGGUUCAUAAUUAACAUGAUUAAACUAAUUUGGCACUAUGGAUUUCAGUCCCUCCGAAUGCACAUGUGGGUAGAGGAUAUAUUGGACAAGUUUAUGAGGAUCUACCGCUACCAGUCUCAUGACUAUGCCUUCAGUAGCGUAGAAAAGUUACUACGUUCUCUUGGAGGGGACGAAUUCCUUGGAAUGCUUAACCGAACACUUCUUGAAACCUUGCAGAAAGCAGGCUUCUCUGAGAAAUUCCUCAAUGAAAUUGUUGCUCCUGUCAUGAGGGUCAAUUAUGGCCAAAGCAUGAACAUCAAUGGCUUUGUGGGGGCAGUAUCAAUGUCCUGUGCGGAUUCUGGCCUUUGGGCAGUAGAAGGUGGAAAUAAACUUGUUUGCUCAGGGCUCCUUCGUGCAUCCAAAAGCAACCUUAUAACUGGCUCAGUAAUGUACAUAGAGGAGAAAACAAGGACCAAGUGGACAGGAAAUCCCACAAAGAUGUAUGAAGUGGUCUACCAAAUUGGAUCUGAGACACGUUCAGACUUCUAUGAUAUCGUCUUGGUGGCCACUCCAUUGAAUCGAAAAAUGUCCAACAUAACUUUUCUCAACUUUGAUCCUCCAAUUGAGGAAUUCCAUCAGUACUACCAACAUAUAGUGACAACUUUAAUUAAGGGGCAACUGAAUUCAACUCUUUUUAGCUCUAGAGCCUUAGACAAAUUUGAUCUCAGUACAAUCUUAACCACUGAUAAUUCAGAUUUGUUCAUUAAUAGCAUUGGGAUUGUGUCCUCUGUAACAGAAAAUGAUAAUCCUCAACCAUCAACAGAAAGGGCGCAUGUUUGGAAGAUCUUUUCUCAAGAAAUCCUCACUAAAGAACAAAUAUUAAAGCUCUUUUUGUCUUAUGAUUAUGCUGUGAAGCAGCCAUGGCUUGCAUAUCCUCGCUAUAAGCCUCCAGAGAAAUGCCCCUCCAUCAUACUCCACGAUAGACUUUACUACCUCAAUGGCAUAGAGUGUGCAGCAAGUGCCAUGGAGAUGAGUGCCAUUGCAGCCCACAAUGCUGCUCUCCUUGCUUAUCAUCGCUGGAAUGGGCACACAGACAUGAUUGACCAAGAGGACUUAUAUGAGAAACUUAAAACUGAACUAUGAAAUGAUACUGAUCACUUUCUUUUCCCCCUCCUGGUUCCAAAUGGAAUAUCACUGGCAAAAGAGAACACAAUCUGAGCAGAGAUGAUUUUGAAUCUGAUAUUUUGCCAUAUAUUAGUACUGUUUAACAAAAGUAAUCCCAGCGAGUCAUGAGAAAAUAACAGGUUUCUAAUUAAGCAUGAAGGAGUUAACUACUAUCUUUAUACCAUCUCCAAAAUUUCUUAACUCUUCUUUUAAUAUCUGCCAACAGUAUAGAAUCACCUGAAGUUUGUUAAGCAUGUGGUUUCUCUAGCUCCUCUGGAGAUUCUGAUUCACUAGGUCUGGUGGGUGGAGGCCCUGAAUUUAUUUCAAGCUGAGCACUUGAGAAAGAAUUUAAAGAUGUUAACUUUUAGUUGGGGACUAGUUCAUUUGUGCUUCACAGCUGGAAGUGACCUUCAGUCAGAUAGUUAAAACUUAACUAUUAGAGCUGGUAUCCUAUGCUUGGCUUUAAUUUAUACCUUUUUUUCAAAGUAGAUGUGCCCAUGCUAGAAGCCUUGACUUUCUGAAUAUUCUUUGGAUUCCUUCCCCCCUUAUUUUAUUAGGGGUGAAAUUCAGAAGCCUUAGGAGUAGAACUUUGUCAUACAAAAAUCUCAAGUAAAAUGAAAGCAAAUACAGGCUAUUGAUUUAAGAAAUUGGCAGUCUAUUAUCAAAUCCUCACCUAUGGAACUUUAAGAAAUAUUGAAAGACCCCCAUGCAACCAGAGAUUCUGAUCUAAUGGAUUGAGGAUAGGAUCUCAGCAUUGUAGCUAAAAAGUUUCUAAGGUGCAACCUGGGUUGAGAAUCACUAAUGUGGGGGUUUAAGAUGUCUCCAAAGGGUUUUUAGUGCCUUAAAAGUCCCAAGAAACUGAAUGCAUUAUCAAAGCAGGUUCAUUUUUGUGAAGAAUCAUUUCUCUCAAUAAGAACUCUAGUAGUAAUCUUGAUAGUAAGCACUGACAGACAAGAGGCAACUUAGAUUUCUCCAGAGCAGUUGACACUAGGAGAUCCAGAAUGACACCACAGUUGGUCAAAUCCAGCAUUAUGUUCAAACUUAAAUGCUUCUAAAACUACUGUAGCAUUUGGGGUGAGAAACCGGUUGCUGAAAUCUUGUUUUUAAGGCAGUUCUCAACUUUGGCUGCACACUGGAAUAAUCUGUAAGAGUUUAAAGCUUCUCAAAUGAUUCUAAUAUGCAACCAAACUUAAGAACCAGUUCUACAUCUAUCAUACAAAGAUCAUGAAUGGCUGUCUCUCUAGUCACUAGUAGGACAAAACAAGUAAAAGCUUGUGAAUUCUAAAAGUAACUAUAACAGAAAUAAGUAUCGUUGAGAAAAAAAAAGUCCAUCGCCAGAUUAUGGCAGUAGAUAUUCAGCAAAAUAUUGAUUCUUACUUAAAAUGAUUUUGUCUCUACUAUAAUUGUGAAUAUUAAUAUGCUGAUAAAACUGCCAAGAUAUAUUUGAUGUAAAGGCGGUGAUUAAAUCUAUGCUCUGUCAAAAGGUCAGCUUUUUAAAAAUUUUACUUGUUAAGACGCAGUCACAUUUUUUCCCCCUGUGGUUUUAAUGAAGACAAUAUUGUAGAGAAUGUAAUAUUGUGUUAUAUAUAUGUUAAAGAUUGGUGAAUAAAAACUGGUAAUAGUUAAUUUCUAUUACUCACAGACUUAUUUUGUGAUAUCUGUAUUUACUUACCAGAACCCCAAUUUAAAACGUUGCUGUUGUAUCUGAUUGUUUUCCAAAAGGGCACUGGAAAUUGCUUCCUCCAAGAGCAAAACAUAUUAUCAACAUAUCAAGCAUAAGAUGAAAAUACGCAUCUCUGUUAAGUUCCUACGUGAUGCUCUUGGUCUAGGAAGCAUGCUUAGUACAACCAGUUCUAUAAUUUAGCUCUAUGUGGUUGCAAAAAAUGCCUGUCCAUAUCAGUGAAAAUUUAAAGAGCUGCCAGAGAAGAGUAAAAAUGUACUAGACUUGACAUCAGUUCCCCUUACUGGGAUUAAGUUGGUUUGAUCGCUCUAGCUAUUUUGUUGUAAACAUUUUUUUAUAAACCAGAAAAAACAUUUUAGAGAUACAUAUAAGCCAUCCAUUAUGUUGUGGUUUGCAAAUAUCUUACAUACUCACCCGAAUAUACAUUUUAUAGUGUUAAAGUGAUUUAAGAUUUGCAGGCUUUUUUACCAGAUCACAAAAAGUACAGCAUCUGCUUGGUAGGUUUCUUGAAGUUAGGUUUAUGAUAUAACCAUCUGUAAUGUAU